UUUCAACGAACUUCACCUUUGUGCUCUUUACUCUUUCGCCGUGUUUUAGUUCUUACAUCGUGCUCCCCAAAAUACCCUCACCUUCUUUAUUUCAUUAUUCUCAACCACCUUGCUUGCUACUCCUACAUCCCAAAAGCUUUGAGCUCCCUGCCAUGCCGAGGUGAGUUGAAGAAACAUCUGUAAAGGUUGGUAUAAAAAAGGUUUUUGUUUUAUGUUAUUUGCUUGAGAAAAUGUGGGAUCUUGGACAAUUGCAUAGUUUAUGUUAUAAUGCUGCUAACUUGGUUUAGCUUUACUUUGAUUGUUCAUCUCAGAAGAAAGUUGGAAGGUUUUUUCGGUCAAGAGUGUGCAUUUUGGAAUAGAUAGUUAAGAUGGCGGGUAGUUUUGAGGUUGAACAGUAUUCAUUAAGCAAGUUGAGGCAAUUUCAUGAAAGGUUUUUGAGUUUUAGCAACAAAAUUGUAAAGGGUCAUUGUAAGCUUUGGGUUUCUGAAUCGAUCAGUGCACUUGUUGUUAUUGGUUUAUUUUUAUCAUUCCUUUUAGCAACGGUAUGCGCAUAUUUUUAUGUGUUUCCAAGAUAUCAGCCUGCGGCGGUUCGUACUUAUAGAGUUCACGAGUCUAGUAAUUCAGUUGGCAAAUGCAAUGUUUUUGAAGGGAAAUGGAUCCCCGAUGAAAGUUACCCUUUAUAUAAUGCUUCACAAUGUCCUUUUGCCGAACCUGGGUUUAAUUGCCUGGCUAAUGGGAGAAGAGAUAGAGGUUAUCAGAAAUGGAGAUGGAAGCCUAAGAAUUGUGACAUUCCAAAAUUUAAUGUGCAGGAGAUUCUUGGAAAGCUUCAUGGGAAACGGAUUGUUUUUGUUGGUGAUUCGUUGAGCAGAACACAGUGGGAGUCUAUGAUAUGUUUGCUUAUGACAGGUGUGGAGGAUAAGAGGGAUGUCUAUGAAAUUAAUGGAAAUAAGAUCGCCAAAAAGAUUAGGUUUUUAGGGGUGUGGUUCAGUUCAUUUAAUUUACGUGUAGACUUUUAUCGAUCAGUUUUCCUAGUUCAGCCUGGUCCAGCACCAAGGCGUGCACCCAAGAGGGUUAAAUCAACAGUCAGACUUGACAAGCUGGAUGAUAUUAGCAAAGAGUGGAUAGACUCCGAUUUCCUGAUAUUUAAUUCAGGGCAUUGGUGGACACCAACUAAGCUUUUUGAUAUGGGUUGCUAUUUUCAGUCAGGUGGAUCACUAAAGCUUGGAAUGGGGAUCACUUCUGGCUUCAGAAGUUCAUUAAAAACAUGGGCAGCUUGGGUUGAGACAUCAAUCAACAGAAACAGAACUAGGGUAUUCUUCCGGACUUUUGAAUCUUCCCAUUGGAUUGGUCGAAACCGUAAUUCCUGCAAAGUGACUCGACGCCCAUGGUUGAAAACUAAAGGGAGGGACCGUAGCCGAAUUUCUGACAUUAUAAUUGACGUUGUGAAGAAAAUGACAACUCCUGUAGCAGUGUUACAUGUUACCCCCAUGGGGGCAUUUCGUAGUGAUGCUCAUGUUGGCGCUUGGAGUGACAAUCCAUCAGUACCUGAUUGUAGCCAUUGGUGUCUACCUGGAGUACCUGAUACUUGGAAUGAAAUUCUCCUAUCAAUGAUGCUCUCAAAGAAUGGACUAACGACUUAGUGAACUGGAAUUUACAAUCCUUUCACUUGCCUUCCAGCAUCAACGACGUCCAACUGUGUAAGUCAUAAAUUACAAAGAAAAGUUUGCCUUUUCAGUUAAUUUUUCCUAACCCAGGGGUAGAUUACAAGGCAAACAUGUAAAUUUCAAAUCAAGAAAUUUUUUCGUUUCUGAUGGUCCCUCGCCCCUGCCCUGCCUCCAUCCUCAACUCUUACUAAGUUGUAUAAGUAUAGUCCCUUAUUGGGAGAAAGAUCAAUGAAAAUUUCCAUUAUGGUGGUCUUAA